UACCUGAGCUCAUCUGUACAAAGAAAAUACAUUGAGAUGUGGCUAUCUGCUGUCACUGUGCUGCUGGUGGCUGUCAAGAGCUUUGAUGUGGGUCUGGCACAAAGUCGUAAAGCUGUGGAGAAUGCAGGAAAGAAGCAAUAUCAGGUGCAGCAUGGGGCAUGCAGCUAUACCUUUCUGCUGCCAGAGGUGGACAGCUGCCGCUCGGCCCCUGCUAAUCCCUAUGUGUCAAACUCAGUGCAAAGGGAUGCCCCGCUGGACUAUGAUGACUCUGUACAGAGACUUCAACUACUAGAGAACAUCAUGGAGAACAACACACAGUGGCUUCUAAAGCUUGAGAGCUAUAUCCAAGACAAUAUGAAAAAGGAGAUGGUGGAGAUGCAGAAGCAUGCAGUGCAAAACCAUACCGCUUUUAUGAUUGAAAUAGGGACAAACCUGCUGAACCAAACUGCAGAGCAGACAAGAAAACUGACAGAUGUUGAAGCCCAGGUAUUCAACCAAACAAGCCGCCUGGAGCUUCAGCUUUUGGAACACUCCUUUUCAACAAAUAAACUAGAAAGACAAAUAUCUGAUCAAACAAAUGAGAUAACAAAAUUACAAGACAAAAACAGCCAUUUAGAAAAUAAAGUGCUAAGUAUGGAAGAUAAACACACCCGGCAACUCCAGUCAAUGAAGGAAGAAAAAGAUAAACUGCAAACCUUAGUACUCAGACAAAAUUCCAUUAUUGAAGAUUUAGAGAAGCAGCUGAUGACAGCAUCGUCAAAUAACUCUAUGCUGCAGAAACAACAGCAUGAUCUGAUGGAGACUGUGCACAAUCUGCUAACAAGGAUGACACCGCAAACAGGUAUCACCCUAAAAUCAUCAUUUGUUGCUAAAGAAGAACAAUUAGCUUUUAAAGACUGUGCAGAAGCCUUUAAAUCAGGAUUGACGUCAAAUGGCAUCUAUACAUUGACAAUGCCAAAUACAACAGAACAAGUCAAGACAUACUGUGACAUGAAAACUGGAGGAGGUGGCUGGACUGUAAUUCAGAAACGCUUUGAUGGCAGUGUUGACUUUCACAGAACCUGGAAAGAGUACAAAAAGGGGUUUGGUGAUCCAUCAGGAGAAUACUGGUUGGGAAAUGAACUGGUCGCCCAACUUACAAAUCCGCAGCGAUAUGUUCUAAAGAUCCAGCUGAAAGACUGGGAGGGAAAUGAGGCUUAUUCACUAUAUGACCAAUUUUACUUAGGAACUGAAGCACAGAAAUAUAAGAUUCACCUCAAAGGAUAUACUGGGACAGCGGGCAAAAUAAACAGCAUAAGCCAACCAGGAAAUGAUUUUAGCACAAAGGAUGCAGACAAUGACAAAUGCAUUUGUAAAUGCUCACAAAUGGCGACAGGAGGUUGGUGGUUUGAUGCCUGUGGCCCUUCAAACUUGAAUGGAAUGUAUUAUUCCUUGGGGCAAAAUACAAACAAAUUCAAUGGAAUCAAAUGGUACUAUUGGAAAGGAUCAGGGUACUCUCUGAAAGCAACAACAAUGAUGAUUCGACCUGCUGACUUUUAAAAACCACAAUCAUAUUUGGCUUAUUGUGAAAUAAGGACAAAUACCAGAACACUGGAAAAUAAAUGCCUCCAUAUUUUUUUUAUAAGGAACACUAUGGAACCAUACUCUGGAUAGUGGUCCACUUUUGAGCUCUGCACAGUAUUAAGAUAAAUAAAUGUAAAGAUUCCAAGGAAAAACAUCUACAAAAUGUAACCACAGAUCAACAAGACUUAAAGGCAGCUCUUUGCACAGCUGGUAUAGCUGUGAAUGACAAUUAUUCUGAUGUUAAUUACUGGAACUGUGAAAUACCUUAUGCCUUUCUGCAGAGAUACACGUGCCGUCUUUGUGGCGUCCUACCUGCAAACCACUUUGUAUUAUGUUCUGUAUUAUGAGUUGUACAUAUGGUUGUAAAUUAACUGUAUACAGUCUUAUUUUAAUGUUACACAUAUAAAUAAGAGGGUGCCAGAUUGUAUCACGUACGGAAUUUUUGAGUUAUUAUGAUUGUUACUCAUCAGAAACAGAAGCAUGUAAAGACGUGUGCAGAUACCACAUGCUACCGAGGUACGAUUCCAGUUACACAAUGGAUCUGAAGUUCUCAGUAAGCUUUGUACUAUGGCUUGAUAUUGCAACAAAAAGAGUAAAAAGCCUUCAAAAGCAAACGUAUAAAUGGGCUUAUAUUUAUACUUGUUCAAACUCAAUAUUUGCAUAUGCCCU